UUUACACUGUAUUGUUUUGGUCAGUUUGUUUUGUUUAUCUAUUCUGGACAUCCCGUCUGACAAGGCAACAGAUCCCCACGUAUACUGUCUCCAUGUCCAAGCUGACCUGGCAACAGAUCCCCGGUAUACUCUUUCCAUGUCCAAGCUGACCUGGCAACAGAUCCCCACGUAUACUCUCUCCAUGUCCAAGCUGACCUGGCAACAGAUCCCCGCCUAUACUCUCUCCAUGUCCAAGCUGACCUGGCAACAGAUCCCCGCGUAUACUGUCUCCAUGUCCAAGCUGACCUGGCAACAGAUCCCCGCGUAUACUCUCUCCAUGUCCAGGCUGACCGGGCAACAGAUCCCCACGUAUACUCUCUCCAUAUCCAAGCUGACCUGGCAACAGAUCCCCGCGUAUACUGUCUCCAUGUCCAAGCUGACCUGGCAACAGAUCCCCACGUAUACUCUCUCCAUGUCCAGGCUGACCGGGCAACAGAUCCCCACGUAUACUAUCUCCAUAUCCAAGCUGACAAGGCAACAGAUCCCCACGUAUACUCUCUCCAUGUCCAAGCUGACCUGGCAACAGAUCCCCGGGUAUACUCUGUCCAUGUCCAAGCUGACCUGGCAACAGAUCCCCACGUAUACUCUCUCCAUGUCCAAGCUGACCUGGCAACAGAUCCCCGCCUAUACUCUCUCCAUGUCCAAGCUGACAAGGCAACAGAUCCCCAGUCACUGUCUGCCCCCACCACUCUGCUGCUAGUUACUAAGACAAGGUCCUGAUCUUGUGCUACAAGCUGACUGUCCAUGCAGAUGACAACCUUAUCUACUAGUUCCUGUGUACAUCAUGUAUUUAUUCAGGAAUAAAUUGUUGAUCAUGAUUAUUAGCAUGUGCAUUUAUCAAGCA